ACUCAUACAUGAGCUGACAUGUCAAGACAUCAUUUGUUCCCGGAAAUUGACACCACAUGCUUUGAAAUCAGUCAGUUAAACAAACACAAACAGAUCUCCUCCGUUUGGAGUCUUUCUCUCUACCGAGAAGCUCAAACUCCGAUCAACAAACACUGUCCUCGAUUCUCCACAUUUGUCUCACCCCAAAUCAGACCCUCAUUGUUUCAUCUCAUUGGAACCCUGAGUUUCUGACACAAUGUCGCAAAUAUUGAUCUGUACAAUCUUGACAUUGGGGUUAAUGUCAACAAUGGCGGUUUCUAUGCGGUUCGAGCUUCAAUCUGGCCAAACGAAAUGCAUCUCAGACGAAAUAAAAAGCAAUUCAAUGACUGUGGGCAAGUACUCUAUUGUUAAUCCCAAUGAGGGCUUUCCUCUUCCUGAUUCGCACAAGCUUACUGUCAGGGUGACCUCACCUUAUGGGAAUAAUUAUCACCAUGGGGAUCUUGUGGCUUCGGGUAAUUUUGCCUUCACUGCGGCGGAGACUGGUGAUUAUUCGGCUUGCUUUUGGGUAAUUGAUCACAAGCCAAAGGCCACGGUGAUUAUUGAUUUUGACUGGAAAACUGGUGUUGCUGCCAAGGACUGGUCCAAGGUUGCCAAGAAAGGGCAGAUUGAACUGAUGGAACUUGAGCUUAAAAAACUGUUUGAUACUGUGAUGGCCAUUCAUGAUGAGAUGUUUUAUCUUCGUGAAAGGGAGGAAGAAAUGCAACAACUUAAUCGAUCAACUAACUCCAAGAUGGCGACGCUUAGCUUCCUUUCCCUUGUAGUUUGCUUGUCUGUUGCUGGUUUGCAAUUAUGGCAUCUCAAGAUGUUCUUUGAGAGGAAGAAGCUCCUCUAGUUCCACCAUUUUGCCACUUGUUUAACUCAUUCGUGCUGCAGUUAUAUAGAAUUAUAGAUCCUGUUUUCCUUUUCAGUAAUAUGAGGCCAAAUUUUGAAAGUUCGGCA